AUGUUCGGACUGAACUGCUCGUCUCCGGCGCCGAGCUGCCCUCAGGAACUGGUCUGUAACUCCUCGUGGAACCUGAGCGAGGUGGAGAUGGAGGAUUACUGCCUGAGUCAGGACGCCUACCUGGAGAAGUACCUGGGUCCGCGCCACUCGCCGGUCUUCCUGCCCGUGUGCAUCACGUACCUGCUGAUCUUCAGCGUGGGCGCGGUGGGUAACGCCCUGACCUGCGCCGUAAUCCAGCGCCACCGGGUGAUGCGCACGCCCACCAACUUCUACCUGUUCAGCCUGGCGGUGUCGGACCUGCUGGUGCUGGUGCUGGGGAUGCCGCUGGAGCUGUAUGAGCUGUGGAGUAACUACCCCUUCCUGCUGGGCAAGAGCGGCUGCUACUUCAAGACCUUCCUGUUCGAGACGGUGUGCUUCGCCUCGGUGCUGAACGUCACCGCGCUCAGCAUGGAGCGCUACAUCGCCAUCGUACACCCGCUCAGAGCCAAGUGCGUGGUGACCCGUGCCCACGCCAAGCGGGUCAUCCUGUGCAUCUGGGUCACGUCCAUGAUGUGCUCGCUGCCCAACACCAGCCUGCACGGGAUCGUCACGCUGCCCAAACCCCGCGGCCGCGGGCAGGGGGACGAGCCGGGCUCGGCCACGUGCAUGCUGGUCAAACCGCGCUGGAUCUACAACCUGAUCAUCCAGCUCAGCACGCUCCUGUUCUUCGUGCUGCCCAUGGUGACCAUCAGCGCCCUCUACCUGCUCAUCGGGCUGCGGCUCCAGCGGGAGAAGAUGCUGCAGGCCAAAGCCGAGUGCUACAAGGGCGGCCACGCCCUCGGCAGCACCCGCAAUAAGCAGCAGAGAACCCGCUGGCAGCAGGUCACCAAGAUGCUGUUCGUGCUGGUGGUGAUGUUCGGGAUCUGCUGGGCUCCGUUCCACACCGACCGCCUCAUGUGGAGCUUCAUGGACGAGCUCUCUGACGUGAGGAUCAUGCAGACGUACGAGUACGUCCACCUCAUCUCGGGCGUGUUCUUCUACCUCAGCUCGGCCGUCAACCCCGUCCUCUACAACCUGAUGUCCACGCGCUUCCGCGAGAUGUUCAAGGAGGUCAUGUGCGGCCACAAGGGCGGCUCCGCCCAGAGGAAGUACUCGCUCAGCGUCACCAGAACCACCGUGCGGAGCGUCCUGAGCGACGUCGCCCCCGGCAACGGCAACGCCACCGCCGACGGAGACUACGAGCUUUACGACGGUCACGAGAACGAGACGCCGUUCGAAUGAGUAACUGGAGGUGGUUCGGACGCCCGUUUGCCUUUAUUUGAUGAAGCAACUUGUUUGUUUACAUCCCUCCCCUCCUCUGAAUGUGGAAUUUCUCUGUGUGCAGUGCAGUAACACACUCCGGCCACACCCACCUUCCUUCCUCCCAGAC